GUCGUCAUCGUUUUCUCUAUUUUCCUCAAUCGCUUUUGCCUUUUCAUUUUCAAUUCGCAUAUUUUGCAAACUCUACUUUCAGUUAUUCGCCGAUAAUUGAUGUCAAAGGACGCAGUUGUGCUCCGCGUCCGCCGCUGCUGUCGACGCCUCUGUCUCCGUCUACGUCGCUAUCGCUUCCAUUCCCAUAAUAUUCCAAUUCCAAUUCCAUAUUCCUCAUCCUCCUUCCAUCGCCCAUCGCCAUGCCCAAGGAGGAUCCGUUCGUCAAUCGCGCUCAGCUGCUGAAGGCCAUCAAGAAAUAUCCAGAGAUUUGGGAUUCCAAUAAUAAGCUGCAUUUGUGUCGCAGCGUCACAUCGCCCAUGUGGAACGAGAUCGCCGAACAGUUUGGCGGGCAUGUGCCUACAGUUAAAUUACAAUCGAUUUGGAGUCAGAUGAAGUACCACUACCACAAUCUGGUGCAUCGCCAGAUCCUGCACAAGGAGCGCUUCAACACGAAGUGGGAACACUUUGAGCCCAUGUCUUUUAUGUACAACAUAACCGUGGCCAAGAUCGUUGGUGCCCAGUCCAAUGCCAGCAGCUCGGACAACUCGGCGGCGGCAGCAACUAGUCCAGCAACCAGUGAAUCCUCCUCGCCACCGGCGCCACCAGCGCUACCAAGUGCCAGCCAUGGACGUGGUCGUCCCAGUGGCAGCUUCAACUGGCUGCAGGCCACGCCCACCCCUACUCCAACUCCAACGAGGCCAGUUGUCACUCAGACCACUGCCACACAGCAGUUGCCACAUCUGAUUGAGUCGACGGCGGCGUCGCAUGGAUUGAGUUAUACGGCAUUCACUGGACUGGUGCCGCCGGCUGCUUGCACCGUGGAGGCAACGACCACGCCCACCGUCCGCAAACUGGGCCGGCCCAGUUCGUUGCACAACAGCAUGCGUGGACGCAUCAUUGAUGCCAUCAAGGCUCGACCCUCUCUAUGGGCGGGGCGACAGCGCUCCGAGAAGGGUCAGGGACAGGGCCAGGGUCAGAGUCGCACGUCCGCCGUUUGGAAGGAGGCCGCCGUUGAAAUGGGACUAACGCCAACACUGAUGCAGACACGCUGGUCGAUCAUCAAGCAGCGCUACGUGGACGAGUUGCAGAAGGAGCGGCAUGCGCAGUACGCGCAACAAGGAUUCAGCUCCAACUGGGAGCACUUUGAGCGUAUGUCCUUCAUGCGUGCCAUGCUGCUGCGCAAGGUGGACGAACGCGAGCAGACCCGCGAGCAUAUCCAGGAGAUGGUCAACGAGCAACAGCAGCAGCAGCAGCAGCAACUGCAACAGCAACAUCAUCAUCAUCACCAUCAUCUGCAGCAGCAGCAGCAACAGCAACAUCAGCAGCAGCAGCAUUUGCAGAUUUAUCGUCCGCCGGGAUUGGCGGAGCAUGCACAGGAUAUGCCCAUUGGACUGGUGCAGCAUCAGUUGGCGCAUCACGUUGCACAUUCAACAUUGGCCAUGCAUCCGCCCCAUCAUCAUCAUCCGCAUGCCCAUCAUGCCCAUCAUCCUCAUCAUCAUCAUCAGCAGUUGGGAUUGGGUGGCAGGCGACGCGUAAAGCACGAAACGGAUCUGGAAUGGGAUCCCUUCGAGAUGAUUCUGCAUGUGCAUGGCAGCGGGGAGCCAGCAGCAAAUUGAACCAAGACUGAGUCUACUGCAACCGAGCAAAAGAAAGAGUGGAGGAGAGUAGAGAGCGAAAGAGAGAGAGAGAGAGAGAGAGACAGAGACAGCUUAGGUCUAUAUAUAUAUAUAUAAAUACGUAUAAAUAUCGCCAGAUGUAAAACUAACUACAUUUCAAUCCAAUUUGUAUUUCCAAUUUUCCACUUUGCAAACGAAUAAACAUUACAUAAAAUAAA